AGAAUCGACAAGUCACACUCAACGUUAAGAAAAUUUGUCUACAGCAAAACAUUUGUCGGCGCGUAAGUGAGGAUGCGAUUUAGCGUUGGCGGAUCUGCCAAAAUGGCUCCAAGGGAAGUUGUCUUUGCGAUUUUGUUCGCAAUUUUGGUCUCAUCUUGCAUGGUGGAGGGUCAGGCUGCAAGGGCCAAGGUCAUCGUAGACACAGACGUCGGGAUUGACGACGCGUUCGCCCUCGGAAUGCUUCUGGCCGCAGACCAGCGGCAGGAAAUCGAGAUCGUCGCCAUUACGACCGUCCUCGGCAACACGGGCGUCAGAAAUGUGUCGAGGAAUGUGCUCAAAAUUUUGCAAACCGCAAACAGACUGGACAUCCCGGUUUAUGAGGGAGCAGCUUUUUCGCUUGAGCUGACCAACAAUAACGACAGUUAUUUUGGCUACGACGGGUUCGGGGACAUCGAGUACCCCAACCCGCCUGGUGAUGAGUUUCUGCAGCCGGUGCCGGCAGUGCUGGGGCUUCUCGAGCUGACGAAAACGCACCUCGGAGAAAUAAACCUGCUGCUGCUGGGUCCUCUUACAAACUACGCCCUCGCAAUUCGCACCGUGCCCGAAUAUGCUGCUCGGCUCGCCAGUGUGUGGGUGCUCGGCGGCUCGAUGAUAGGAAAGGGCAACAUGCAACCAGGGGUGGAAUUCAACUUUUGGGUGGACCCGUUGGCCGCAUUCAUCACGUUCAGUCCGCCGGUCCACCCACCCAACCUGGUGCAACUGGUGCCCCUGGAGAUGACCAUGGAGGCGGCGACGACCAUCGACUGGCGCAUCAACGUGCUCGGAGCUCUGCCCGGAAAAGUCAUGGCCCUGCUCAACGCGGCCGAGGAACAGUUUUGGCCACGUUCGGACAUGUGGGUUUGUUCUGACCUCGUCCUGGCUGCAGCUUUUCUCCAGAGAUCCACUCUCGUUUUGAAGACGCGCCCCAGUUUCAUCGGCGUGGAAGUGCACGGACUGCAUUUGGCAGGAGCGACCUUCGUUGAUUACAACGAGCCCGGCAACGAGCCCAACGUCGAGGCCAUCCAAGUUGUGGACGCCGAGGCCUUCAAGACUGUUGUUCUCGACUACUUCGGCGGGCUCAACUUUUGCAAUAACUUUGCAACGGAUGGAAUAUUUUGCCACGCAAAAUAAAAAUUUAUAUAAUAUAACAGCAA